AGAUGUCGUCAUACUCCGGUACAGUUGGCGGCGGUAAAGCUACUGAUUGAAAUCCGCGGGCGGAAGAAGACGAAGAAGAAGAAGAGACACUACCUCGACGUGUGUACGGAAGUAACUUUAGUGAACGUACACCGAGAAUGGAAAGCCCUGAGUUAACUUUUACUUUUGCCUACAUUGUGUUCGCUUUCUGCUUCGUGUUCACGCCGAACGAGUUCCGUUCGGCCGGUCUGACCGUUCAGAACCUGUUCUCGUCCUCGCUCGGCAGCGAGGAUGUGGGAUUCACCCAGUACCACAUCAAGAGGACCAGCAUUACCGUACUGGUGCACUCUGCUCUGCCUUUAGGUUACUACAUAGGGAUGUGUAUCGCUGCUCCAGAGAAAAACCUGGGAUACAUCCUGCAGGUGAGUGACAACUGGAGAGCGUUUCUCUUCUUCUCUCUCUGCCUGCAGUUGGCCAGCUGGACGCUCAUCAUCUACUGGUCCAGCCAUCACUGGCACAACCAUCCGAUCAGCCGGGCCCUGCAGGCCCACGUACGGCCUCCUCACGCUAGUUGGGGCUCUGUGGCAACCAGCGUCAACAAUGAGUUCAGACGCAUAGAUAAGUUUGCUACAGGGGCACCUGGAGCCAGAGUUAUUGUUACUGACAGUUGGGUGUUGAAGGUGACCACCUAUCACGUAUACAUGGCCUUACAGAGUGAGUGUCAUGUGACAGUGACAGAGUCCAGACAACACCAGCUGAGUCCAGACUUGGCCCAUCCCGCACAGAUCUUGACCCUGAGAGUGGACAGCAUCAACCCCGCCAUCAGACCCUUUGAUAUCAGGCUCAACUCUACAGAGUAUGCAGAGCUCCGAGAGAAACUCCACGCUCCCAUCAGAAACUCUGCCAAUGUAGUGAUCCACCAAACUAUUAGUGAACUCUUCCUGGAAACAUUCAGAGCUCAGGUGGACCUCAAUCAGCCGUACACUCUCCCCAGUGGACAGGAGAUUGAACCCUGUAUUGGCUGUAUGCAGGUUCUUGCAAACACCAAGCUGGUCAGACUCUGCCAAACAGAAGGAGCUGAUAACGAGUCGGAGUGCCAGCAGUGUUACUGCAGACCCAUGUGGUGUCUCUCCUGUCUGGGUCGGUGGUUUGCAAGUCGCCAAGACCAGCAAAGACCUGAGACCUGGCUGUCCAGCAGAGUCCCCUGCCCCACCUGUAGAGCGAAAUUCUGUAUACUGGACAUUUGUAUAGUCCGUUGAGAAAACCCAUAUAGAGAUCCAAACUGACUUUUCCCUCUGGACAUAAUGUGGAAGUGUGUGUUUAAGAAAAGACACUUUACUGUCAUUGUAUAAAAAAGAAAACAGCACAACUGUGUUUGUAGCAGUCCGGUUCAGCAGCAUUCUAAAAAUCGUAAAAGAGUACAAAUAUAUUCACUAUUAAGUAAAUUCCAGCCAGUAGGCAGAUCUAAAUAAACAGCAUCAUUCAGCAAGAAGCCCCUGGAGGAGAAGGAGUGGACAGGACACUGGGCUGAAUUUGGUUACAUACCUGUCUAUUCUGCUAUUCUGGGAGAUAUAUGUCUGGCCAUUUUCUACAGAUUACCCCUUUAAACCUCAAUGGCAUGUCAAAUGGCAUGAUCAGUGUGACAUUUUGGGAACUUUCCUUGUUUUGGGGUUUUACCUGAUAAUCAGAAUGAAAAAACGUCAACAUCAACCUGUCAAUGAAGGUGUUCUGCCGAAGUACCUCCAGGGCAGGAAGUGGGUGUGUGUCAUUGUUUAUUAUAGAGGUAAGCUUUGAGGGCAUUCUCACCUCAGCCACCGGCUGAAUUUUGUCCUAUUCAAUCCCCAAGAUUGAAUUUUUAAAACUCUUUUCCUGUCUGCUUUGUAAGCACCUUUCCCCCAGCACACCAUGCCAGCGAACAGAGCACUAGCCACCACAGUUUGAUAGAAGGUGAGAGAGGCUUACAGAUGUUAAAUCAUCUCAGCCCUAAGAUGUACAGUCUCCCUUGUCCCGUAUUUGUAGGUAUCUGUAACUGGAGUUUCUCCUCAGUGCCUGAAUGGUAACUUGAUCUGCUUUGGGCCUCUUCCCUCUAAAGUCAACAAAUAUUACCUUAGUCUUUGAAAUGUUGAUGGCUGUGGUUUUGCCAGAUCCUGCCAAGAAGAAGUGCUCGCAAACACAGAUUUUGAUAAAUUUGUGCCAAAAUUAUGAGAGAAAUAAUUAUUUUUUUGUUGGAAGAAGCUGUACAUCUUUUACCUAUGCUGCUGAAAAAUCGAAGCAAAAACAAAAAUGUUGCAUUUGUAUGUGUGGUGAUUGCAGUUGAAACAUAACAUGACAGUGAGGAUAAUGUCAGUCAAGCUCAGUCUGUACACAGCCACAAAACCUGGUCAGUCAGAAGAAUCAAACCAUCAGUCUGAGUUUCUGUCAUGGAUGUGCAGGAAUCUCAGGGAGUUCCUUUUAAAACCACAUUAAAUGGGGAAAAAAGAGCAGGCAGAGGAACGUUCACUUUCAUCUUAUUGCAAACAGCGAAACUCCUCUCCUUCAUAAAGGCAGAAGAUACUGUGUCGAAUCUUCUCAUCAACAAAUCACCUUUAUUGAAAAUUGAGACAUUAGCGUGAUUGCUGUGAACAAAUGAAAGUACUACGAAGAUAAAACAUUCAUUUUUGACAACUAUGAUUCAUCUCUAUCAGUUUGUAAUGGUGGCAGCAAAAGAAAAGGAUUUAAUUUGACUUAAUUGACGACUAAACCACAGCAACAUGCAGGCAGCAGGAGAGUCGAACUGCAGAUUGAGACUAGGUAAAGUUAUAGCUGUUAAUUUAACUUUUGCACUACCUUUUUCUUUAUUAUAUCCAUCUGUUCAGUAUUUAAGAAGUUAAUAAAUGUUGUACAUUAACAAAAUGCAAAACUGAAAUUGUGUUCAGAGAUAGUAUCAUUGAUUGAAAGUCUGGUUGGAAAGUUGACGUUAAGAAGUUACUGCACACCUACAAGAGCAGCACUUGUGUUUUCUUUGCUCUUUAGACAGUGUAUGCCGUUUUGCUAAACAGGAUCUCGAUUAUGGUACAGCAGUUGGAAUGUGGAUAUAUGCUGAGGCAUUACAUGUUGAAGACAUAAAUGCAGUUCUGCUUUUAUUGGUGUUAAUUUGCUGAGGAAGCUUGCACAAAGUUGCACUAUGUAAGCAUGGCCACAAGGGGGCGUUGGUGAUUCCAUUGGAUGGAUAAAGGUACUCACUGUGUAGGAAUGUGAAAAUGUUUGAUAAAUAUUUUCUGUUAAGAUGUGUACACCUGGGCUGCGUGUGUGUGGAAUUAUUUCAGUUCAGUCAUGAUUAUAGAAAAGAUUCAAGUUUAUUAUAUGAUCCAUUAAAAACGCAGUGGGCAGGACAGACUAAAGAGAAGAGAGCCAGGUGUUGAGGUGACAGUCAUGUUUUUAUUGACAAAAGCAAUAUAUAUGAAGCCAUUAAUACACAUAAAGACAUGUUAAGAGCAGAGCCAGGGUAAGUUUUCAAAUAAAUAAAAUGUGGAGCACAAAUGA